AUGACGCAUCCGUCACAUUCCAUAUCACAGUUAGAAGAAACUGAUAGACAGAUUAGAGAUCGAGGUAUCGGAUUUCUCUUUUUGCUAGCGGCAAACAAAGAGGGAUGUAUGCAGCAUUAUAUGGAUUGUCCAAUGCUUCUUGUUCUUAGCCCAAAAGGAUAUUUUUCAGCUAUGUCUCCAGAAUUUUAUUUGGAAACUCUGGUUACUUUUGUGGCGACACAUUCAGUGACCCGAGAGGAUAUCAAGUUGUGGAUUGGAUUUUCAAAGCAUGGAGAGUCUUCAGUGACUUCUAGCAUCUUUCAGAAACUAUUACGUGAUGGCUUGUGUCAAAGACGAAGAGUUAUUUUCAGCAUUCCUCAAUCGUCUUUUCAAUACCCUCAGCUGGUCAAUGACCGAGUUCUCAGUUUCCAUUCGGGAAAUGCAAGAAAAGUGUCAGAUGAUAGAGUUUCAACAAAGGAAAUGCAGUGUUUAUAUUUGAUCUGUCAAGCAACCUAG